UUUCUCUGAAAGAGCUGAAGUCCAAGGGAAAAUGGGCAGCAUGGAUCACUAUCUUCAGUUACGUGUACGGAGACCUGACGGUGGCCAGCCAGCUGCCUCCUGACUCUCGACAGGACUCCUGGCUCCUCAUGAAGUCUUCCCUUCCCGGCCUCGUCGUCUCCCUCAUCUACAUCGCCAUUGUAACGUGGUGGGGACCACUCUACAUGAGCAACAGACAACCUGUCAAGGGACUCAAACCCAUAAUGAUUUCCUACAAUGCCUUCCAAGUCGUGUUUUCUGCGUGGAUUUUCUAUGAGAUUGACUCGUCCAAGUUUUCCUUAAGGCGGGAUGGGGGAUGGUUCGGCAGCUACAAGUUGGUGUGUCAGACCCGCGACUUCUCUGACAACCCACAAGCCAUUAGGAUGUUAAACAUUGCUUACUGGUACUACAUCUCCAAGUUCAUCGACUUCAUCGAUACG